AUGGCUAGCAAGGUGGAAGGGGAGAAGCUUCAAGGUCUGGUGUGUCCCUUGUGUCUUGACGUCUUCGAGAACGCUACCAUCCUUGGCUGUGGCCACACCUUCUGCAGGGAGUGCCUGGAAGCAUACGACGAGCAACAUCAUGAUCUUGAUCACCUAGUCUGUCCCGUCUGCAGGGGUGUGACCGGUCUCGGUCAGGAUCGGGUGGCAGGACUAAUUCCAAACUUUUCAGUCAAGGGACUCGUGGAGAAAAUCAACUUAGAGGUUGCUGGUCGAAGACCAGUGUAUUGUUCAUUGCACAGUGUAGUCUACAAGGACAUCUUUUGUGAAGAUUGCGCGGAAUUCAUCUGCCUUACUUGUUACCUCAACGGCCACAAAGAUCAUGUUAUCAAAAAGAAAGAAGAGUUGGAAAGGGACCUGAAGGAAAGGCGAAACACUCUUAUUCGAAGGAAGGCAAGACGAUUCCUACUUGAAAGGUCUUUGAGUAAUGCUGAUGAUCUCAGACAGGAUACGAACCAACACCUUGGGAAUUUGGAGAAGGAAAUUAGGGAUGCCUUUGUUAAAAAGUUAAUGAUUCUCCAGGAAGAUGAAGGAAUGUUACUGAAAAUGGUGAACGAAAUACGAAAGAAUUCGGACGAGAUAGUUGAAAAGAGUGCAUUGUUUUGUCAAGCGGAUGAGAAGCUUCUUGCCCUAGGUCACAUCGAACUUGAAAUGAAUGCAUCGGCGAAUGAAAGGCAACAUGACCAGACUGCUUCAUCUGUAAGAGGUAAGAAUGCAGAGGGGCUGCAAACAAGUACUCCAACGGUCAAUUCAAUGACGAUUGUAGGAGAAAUUCCGUUACCCAAAGGUUUGGCAGGCAUGUCAGCACUGUCCAAGGAUGCAGUGGUUGUUGGGUAUGGCUGGAACGGCAAGGGUUCCGAUUGCUUCUCCCUAUCAGGAAACCAGAUUACUCAUCUGAAGAGCGAGGUGGGUAACGUAUAUGACAUCGCAAUGCUUGCGGACGGAAGAACGGUCGCUUCCCAUGAUGUAGAUGUAUGCCUUGUGUUUGAUCGGAAAGGCAAGCGGAUCGGAGGCAUGAAGUACAUCUGCAACAAGGCAGGCAUGUGCCCGAUGAUAUGUAGCGACCUAGAGGACAACAUCUACGCAGUGGGUCGAUCGUCCGAGAUCAACAUCUUCCACGGCAGCAAGUCCAAUCCCAAGAGAGUAGUCCACACCGGUAACAUCAAACCCUCGCAGAUAUGUGUCACCAAGACAGGCAUCAUGGUGACCUGUACCUGUAUCAUGACCCCAAGCACAGUCACUGUCUUUGACAGAGACGGUCACGUCGGUAGCUCCAUCACAGCCAGUGAUGAUUCAGAAUAUCUUCUAGCUGCAGUAGAUGGUGAUGACAGUGUGUUGGUAGCCAGGGUGAGGGUGGGGUCCGACACCAUAGGGUUGACCAGGUACACCCUUGACGGAACACGCCUCCUUGAGGAUGUGGCCUUCGUGCCCCUCAAACUCCAUAGCCCAUGUCAGUCAUUUUGGUCUUACAUGGUGAGUCUCACCCCCAACAUGCUGGCCUUUAAAAGCAAAAGGCGUUUGUAUUUCAUAGAGCUUGCUGCCUGA